AUGAUGCCGGCCAUAUCCGGAACUUCCCCCCCACGUCAAUACCGGCGCGGAUAUGCGGCUUGCACCGUUUGCCGAAGUCACAAGGUCAAAUGUGUCCUUGGUACGGGCCCACCCUGUGCCAAAUGCCGGCGCGAACACCGCGAAUGUGUUUUUGACCGCACGAAGCGAGGUCCGAGGACACGAAACGUGUCGCAGUGGGCUGAAGCUACUCAACCACCAAUAGACACAGGCGGAAGGGUGGCUACGGAUGCAGCUGAGGCCCAAACCGAACCGCAAACCUGGAACAAUGAUACCGCUUCUCGUACUACAGGAUCCGAGACCAACCGCCGUAAGGAUGCGUCCAUUCUUCAUAGAGUUCCAGCCCACUCUCCCGCAUCACUCCUGGAACGGACCAUGUGCCCGAGCGAGGCGCUAGGCUUCUUCAACGAGCCCCGGGUGUCUCAGGAAGGGGCCCCCUCCGGAUCUAUCCCGGUGUCGCCUUUCCCAGCGCCAGCAAGUCAGCAGAAACGAACCCAGUUCGGCAACCCGUGGCAUCCCCCAAGCGUGGAUGAGUUGUCACAACUAGAAGAUGGGGUCCUUGACGUGUGGAAUCAGAUCCCCUACGUGCGGAUGGGCUGGUUUACAGCUCAAGAGGCAUUGACCUACAUGGACUUGUUUCAUCGCCAUCUAUCGCCUUUUUGCCCCGCCUUUAUGAGUGAGAUUGAGAUCGGAAAGUCACGCUAUGCCCGAAUCGCGCAAGAGCCUAUGCUAUGCACUACCAUCCUCAUGAUCGCUUCACGAUUCUUCACCUUGCCCGGGUCUGGUGGCUUGACUCGUUUCUAUCUUAUUCAUCAUCAUUUAUGGCAGCAAUGUGAGCGGCUCAUCCAGCUGCUCAUGUAUGGCCAAGAAAAGUACCUGCGAGGAAGUCACACCUGGGCCACACUGCAAAGCCUUCUUUUGCUCUCUGAAUGGCAUCCCCGAGCCCUGCGAUCUGUCUCCACUACUCAAAACGAGACAUGGCAGGGCACAGAAUCGAGGCUCUCUGGUGAGGCGGCCUCCGAAGGACGAGAGCAAUCGCCCGCGUCCAGGUACGAACAGGAGCUCUUGGCUCGAGCCAAGCAUUCAGAUCGUAUUUCAUGGAUGAUGGUAGGGGCGGCUCUGAACCUCGGCCAUGAAGCCGGAGUCUUUGUAGACGCUUGCUUCUCCAGCGGCACGCUAGGCAGUGACUGGUUAGGCCCUCUGCACACCAGAAAGCUGCUGUAUGUCUAUGUGACCAAUCUUUCCGUCCGCCUCGGAUUCCAGAAUACCUUUACACAAGACGUUAUCCUAGCCCGGGCCGUAUUACCUGUGGAAGGAAUUGACCGUUCUGGAACUGACAGUAACGAUGUAUCAAUGGAGCUAUGGCUUUCUUUGGUUCGUCUCAGUCGAGCUGCUGCCGCCAUUUUUUUUCGCAGCCCAACCAGCACCAAAGAUCAUCUUCGCAAUGGCGACUAUAUCAUCAUGUUGCAGAGCUUUGUGGUGACCCUCUCGAAAUGGUAUGAUGACUUCGUGGCAUCCCAGUUAGUCAUGAACCAGGCCGUUCAGAGUCUAUUAUUGAUUGAGUAUCACCACCUGAGAACGUAUACUCAUGCCUUAGCCAUUCAAGCGGUUCUUGAGAGAAGUCCAUCUCAGACCUUUACUACAUGCCAGAAGAAAGAUCGACUCGAACUACUCUCCACCUGCUAUCUUCCAGAGGACUUCGCUUUCAUUAACGAAGUCAUUACUAAUAGCACCAGCGUCCUCCGGAUCACAAUGGCAAUGGCGGAUAAUGGCCGUCUACGUUUUGUUCCCAUUCGUCAGCUGCAAUCUAUUCUCUCUGCUUUUUUGUUUCUCUUCAAAGCCAUUCCAAUCUGCACCAGCAGAGAAGAUGUGCAAACAGCCUUGUCGGACUUGGAACAAUGUGCCAAAGCGUUAGGAGAAGCAGACAUGGAUGAAUUGGAUGUUUCGCGCGACACUCUUACAUUCUUCCAAUCGCACGUCCGAAAGAUCAGGAAGCAGGUGAAUAUCUUCUUUUCAGCUUCUACCAACCCUGAAGAAGCUUUGGUUGCGCAAGUCUUAGCAGAUCUCAGCGAGCCGUCGUCAUCGGGAGAUGGUGAGUCGGCAUCAACAUCCUUGCUUCCUGGAGUCAAUUGGAAUCAGGAAGUCUUCAGUAUUCCCGGUCUACCCGCGGAUUUCGCUACAUCCUGGCACUCUCUGGACGCUUUUAGCCGCCUAGCAGGUAUCGACUCCGAGUGGCAGCCAGCAGAUCGCUUCUAG